AUGAUUUCGCCGCGGAUGCCGACGAAUCUCCUCCCGGCGCGGACGAUCUCCCCUGUCUCAAAUGGCUGCGCAGCGACGGCGAGCCCCUCUUCUCCCUCGGUGGCUGCACGGCCACGGCGAUCCCCUUCAGGCGUUCAAUCUGUGACUGGCAGAGGGAAGUUUCCCUUGGCAGCCAUCACUCUAGAUGAUUAUCUUCCAAUGCGAAGUACUGAAGUGAAGAACCGGACAUCAACAGAUGACAUCACAAGUCUGAGACUAAUCACAGCAGUCAAAACCCCCUAUUUGCCUGAUGGAAGAUUCGAUCUGGAAGCAUAUGAUUCUCUCAUAAACAUGCAGAUAGAGGGUGGUGCUGAAGGUGUAAUAGUUGGAGGAACAACAGGAGAGGGUCACCUCAUGAGCUGGGAUGAACAUAUCAUGCUCAUUGGGCAUACAGUGAACUGCUUUGGCUCUAGAAUUAAAGUGAUAGGCAACACAGGAAGUAACUCAACCAGGGAAGCUGUUCACGCAACAGAGCAGGGAUUUGCUGUUGGCAUGCAUGCAGCUCUCCACAUCAAUCCUUACUAUGGGAAGACCUCAACUGAAGGAAUGAUUUCUCAUUUUGAGGCUGUCCUCCCAAUGGGUCCGACCAUCAUCUACAACGUGCCAUCCAGGAGUGCCCAGGAUAUCCCCCCUGAAGUUAUUGUAGCAAUUUCAGGCUAUACAAACAUGGCAGGUGUCAAGGAAUGCGUUGGGCAUGAGAGGAUUAAGCACUACGCUGACAAAGGUAUAACAAUUUGGAGCGGCAAUGACGACGAAUGCCACGAUUCUAGGUGGAAAUAUGGUGCUACUGGAGUCAUUUCUGUUACUAGCAACCUUGUUCCUGGGCUCAUGCAUAGCCUCAUGUACAAAGGCGAGAAUGCGAUGCUGAAUGAGAAGCUAUUGCCCCUGAUGAAAUGGUUGUUCUGCCAACCAAAUCCAAUUGCUCUCAACACCUCUCUGGCUCAGCUCGGGGUGGCAAGGCCCGUCUUCAGACUGCCAUAUGUUCCACUUCCUCUUGAAAAGAGGAUCGAGUUCGUCCGGAUUGUUGAGGCUAUUGGACGGGAAAAUUUUGUGGGACAAAAAGAGGUCCGGGUUCUCGAUGAUGACGAUUUCGUGUUGAUCAGUAGGAGCCUGAAAAAUAUAAUCACUUUUUUCCUAUCCCUGCAACAUAUGCCAAAACCUGUUGAAGAUUCCACGGGGAAACGGAUGCCAAGAAAUUCCACGGUUGGAUCAAGACAAAAGGCUGCCACUAUAGGGGGUGAUCGUGCCACUGAAUUGAAUAAAUUGAUGCUCGACCAUCAAAUCUUUGCGCUCCCUCGUGCUGGGGUCAUAGAGUAUGCUCCAAAACUCUGA